CACUCUCUUCUCUGGUCUCUCCAUAUCUCCUCUGUAUUCGUCUUUUCUGCUCACGAAACCCUAAUCCACCGGAAGUUUUUACCAAUUUGUCAUCUAAUUCACUAGCUAACAACUAAACCUCUCGAAAAUUUCACUAUAUAGUUACUGUACUCGUCAUUUGUAGUUUUUCAAGUGGAAGUGUGGUCGUUUUAAGCUAAAAUCAAAGCCAAAGCGGUUUAUAUUUUAAGAAAUUAUAGUAUUUAUAACAAUGUCUGUGGCUACUAAGCGUCAAUCGUCGGCUAAACUGGUGUCCGAACCGCGCGCUAUUCUCGGUCCGACCGGUAACAGAGUUAGGGCUUCCGAGGACCCGAAACGGAAAACUGAAGUUGUGAAGAAGCCCCAGAGGCGCAAAAAACCUGUUCCAAAAAUUCCGGAACAGGUUGUUAGGAACAAUGGCUCAGUGGAUAGUGCGUGUUCUUCAGAUUCUUCGUCUUCAAGUGCGUCUUCGGCCAAAAAAAUGGAGAGUUCUAGAAGGACUGAAAUGGUGAAGCGUAACGAAGUGAAGAAUGCGAAGGUUGUUCCUGAUGGUAGCGCUGAAAUUGCAGAAAAUUCACCGCCAAUUCCGGGGCCGAUUAAGAGGUGUGAUUGGAUCACACCCAACUCUGAUCCACUUUAUACUUCUUUCCAUGAUGAAGAAUGGGGAGUUCCAGUUUAUGAUGAUCAGAAGUUGUUUGAGCUACUUGUCUUUUCACAAGCAUUAGCAGAACUCAGCUGGCCAGCGAUUCUUAAUAAGACAGACAUAUUUAGGAAGCUUUUUGAAAAUUUCGACAUAUCAUCCAUUGCACAGUUUACUGAGAAGAAGUUGCUGUCAUUGAAAGUAAAUGGGAGCCUAGUGCUUUCUGAACCAAAGCUUCGUGCAGUUGUGGAGAAUGCUAAACUGGUGCUCAAGGUUCAACGUGAGUUUGGUUCCUUUAGCAAUUACUGCUGGAACUUUGUGAACCAUCUGCCUGUGAGAAAUGGAUUUCGUUAUGCACGCCAAGUACCUGUCAAGACACCAAAAGCAGAACUUAUAAGCAAGGAUCUAAUGCAAAGAGGAUUCCGCUGUGUUGGCCCCACAGUUGUUUAUUCAUUCAUGCAAGUGUCUGGGAUUGUUAACGAUCAUCUCUUAACAUGCUUCAGAUACCAAGAGUGUAAUGCAGAUGCCAAAAAGGAUCUGAAACCAAGGAUUGAGGAGACAAAAGAACUAAACAAAACUCUGGAGAAGACAUGCUUAUCCCAUGACUGAUUUGCUGGAUCCACACUUUUCCUGACUAAUCACACAGAUCUGAUUAAUAUAAAACUAAAGCUAGAAAUAAGAAGAGCAGACUUUGUCAUGUAUCAGGUUAGAGUUUACCACUUCUGGAUGUUCUUGUGGGAUGUUCUAUCACUUGUGUAUUAUUUACCUAUCUAGAGAUUGAAGUUUUAGUACCAUGGAGAGUUCAUUUGUGGUGCUGUUUGACUGUAAAUGCUUCUAUGGAAAAAGAUUACCCUUGCAAUCCAAGCUUUCGGGCAUCUUUUUUGUGCUGUAA